ACACACACACACGCAGAGACAGAGAGAGAGAGAGAGAGGGAGGGAGAGAGAACAAGAUAGUGCGACGAACGAAACAAAGAGACUCCGACAGCCGUGGAACAGAGAACGAGUGCCGCGGGCAGAAAGAGAAAAAGACAGAGACGCGGCCGGAUUAGGGAAUAGAAUAGUCAUUAUCGGUCUACAUAUUCGUGAUAUACUCUAUCGGGCGUCCACGGUAGUGCGAAACGUCGCGGCGCAGUAGCGGCGAACGUGUGUGCUGUGCGACCGAUCAACCACUGGAGGGAUACCUAACCUUUGUUUUGCGACCGUGUCGAACGUCACCGUGUCGGCAUCAACCGGCUCCACCUCCGGUAUCCAGCCGAUUCUUCGCCGAGGAUUAUCUGCUCCUUUUUUCGCAACGAGGAAACCCUUCGUCGACUGACGCCUUCGACUGACCAUCGCCACGCACUACCGAAACAGCGGAUAAUUGCGAGAAGUGGAGGAGGUUUGCGUAGACUCGGCGGCCGCGAGGCGGGGAGGUGGUCGUGGUGGGGGCCGAGGGGGUGGUGAUGUGGCCGAACAGCCUCGGUGGUACAUCCGGCUGCAGCGGGGGCGCCGGCGCCACCGAUCUCGGGGGUCUCGCCGCCUCCACCACCUCGGCCUCCGAUUUAUUCGGGCCCGCCGCUUUUGGCGCGUCCGCGGCCGGGCCCUACGGCGCGCUGAAGACCAACCCUUACGUCAGCGCCCUUGGUAUGCCACCGAUCGAGGCGCUUCACUCUACCAUCGGCUACCCUGGUUGUACUCCCGCCGGUGAGUCCUACUACUGCAAUCCAAGAAAGCAACGAAGGGAGCGGACGACGUUCACUCGGGCGCAGUUGGACGUUCUCGAGGGACUGUUUUCAAAGACCAAGUACCCGGACAUUUUUAUGCGGGAGGAAGUAGCAAUGAAGAUUAACUUACCAGAGUCGAGAGUGCAGGUGUGGUUCAAAAAUCGCAGAGCCAAAUGCAGACAGCAGCAGAAGCAACAGCAGCAACACGACAAAGCACCGAGGUCGAAAAAGCCCUCCGGCAAUCCGAGUAACAAUCCGCCCUCUGGAAAAAGUCCUUCGAUUGCUACCACGCCCACGCCUGCUGCGGCCGUGCCAGCCACAACACCUCUAAGCGGAGGUGCAGGUGGUUCGGCGGCUAGCUCCCCGGCUCUUCUAAGAGAUUCUCCGCAGUAUAAACCAGCAGGAAGCGCAACCAGUUUACUCCUCGCUUCCAGUACAACUCCGCCAAGCUUAGGGGGAACGGUAUACAGCAGUGGGGGCAGUAGCAGUAGUAUCUGGAGCCCGGCCGUCACGGAAAGCGGCGGAGCAUUUCCUGGUGAUCAUCAGAGGUUAGCGUGGACAACAACCACGUCUCAACAGCAAUGUUACCAAAAUUAUUCUUCUUAUUACACCAACAUGGAUUAUCUCUCACCUGCAACGCAUCAGUUGAAUGUCGUGGAUGGCGGAGGAAGCAGUUUAGACAAUACAUGGAGUAAAACAAGAGAUGAGAGCGCCUCGUCUUGGUUUUAUAAUAGCGCUGGAUGGGGCGACAGAAAGUGAAUUUGAGAUUCGCCGAUUGAUGGAAACGUCAUGGCGUCGGUACAUAUCAUCGACAAUAGAUAAGCGAACUCUCGAAGGUCGAUGGCAGUCACUGUUACUAAUAACGCGAGACACGGCCAAAGACAGUCCUUUUAAUGUUAAACAUAUCGUUGAAUCACCACCGCGGUAUUUUAUCGUACUAGCCGCGUUCUCCACGAAUCCACGUAAUCGAAUUUAAAAUUCACGUUAAUCGUUUCGAGAAUAUGAACGUACGUAACAACGUUGUGAUACGUGCCGAGUAAACAGAGAGUGGAAAACAAGUUAGUGUUCGAAACGUUAACCGUUUAAACUACCUAUCUCGAUAUAACGUUCGAUUUAACUAGAUCAGCUUCGUACUUUGUGCGUUUGACUUACUGCCCUCUUGCGUUGAAAUGUGCAAUUUGUUGACGAUUGUAUAUCUCAAAUACUUUAGACUCAUUUGUCAUAACUUAGUCGUCUCGGAAGUAAAAAUAUUUUCGACAAAGAUAAUUUGAACGAGAAUGGCAACGGGAGUGAAGCGACCGCGUUAUCUCUUCCUUUUUCUUUUUCCUGCUUGCAGUCAAUGUUACAUUAUAAAUACAUUUGUACAUGAGAACGCAUGUGGUGAACGUAUCCUGUCGCGCGAAUUUUCUAAUUGUGCCAAAGGUAAUUGUUCGCGAAAGGACCGAACCUGAUGUAUAUAAUUAUAAAUAACCUCGCACCGUUCGGAGGAAUCAAGAUAGUUAGAUAGAACUUUGCAGGUAGCAACGACAGAAUAAGAUGGGCCCUGCGUUAUUAUCGAUCACGAUUUUUCGGGAAAUGAUGAUUACGUACGUAAAGGCGUGUGUACGAAUAUCGUAACAUGUACUUAUUGUGUACAUAAGUUAUAUAUGCCUUACGAAGGCAUACUGAUCGUCUGUGUACAUAUGUAUGUACCAUUUUUCGAAAAAAGUAAUUUUGCGAAUCGAUAGGAUAUUCGAGGAUGAUCGUCGAUUAUCUGACGACCAUCAGUUUCAUUUUAAUAUCCGUAUAAAUCACUAUCGUGGGGCUUUAAUUCGCCUGAAUAGUAUUACUAUGUAAAUAAAAAAAAAAAAAGAUAAAAAAAUUCGCGAGAGCGUUAUCAUUAUGGAGUGCUAGUCGAAAUUUAUAUUUUCGAUUUUUCAAUCCUUUUUCGGUAA